AAUUUUGCCCAAUAGAAUUAGAGGACAUUGUUGCCUUGAACUUCCGGGAAAUGGUAUAAGGUUUGAGGCCUACCCACGAGAGUCGCCGGAGAGAAAGCUGUUCCAGUUUGCAAAUCGUGAACGCAACCAUGACUGAAAACGAUGUUGACAACGAGCUGCUGGACUACGAGGAGGAUGAGGAGCCACAGGGAGCCCCCGAGAGCGCAGUUGCACCAGGCAAGAAGGAGGUGAAAGGUUCCUACGUCUCCAUCCACAGCUCCGGCUUCCGAGACUUCUUGCUCAAACCCGAACUGCUCCGUGCUAUCGUUGACUGCGGCUUUGAGCAUCCAUCUGAAGUUCAACACGAAUGCAUUCCACAAGCCAUUCUGGGCAUGGACAUCCUCUGCCAGGCCAAGUCCGGUAUGGGGAAGACGGCGGUGUUUGUGCUUGCCACACUACAGCAGAUUGAGCCUGUGGAUGGACAGGUCUUGGUGCUGGUCAUGUGCCACACUCGUGAGCUGGCCUUCCAGAUCAGCAAAGAGUACGAGCGCUUCUCCAAGUACAUGUCCAACGUGAAGUGCUCGGUGUUCUUCGGAGGCCUGCCAAUCAAGAAGGAUGAAGAGGUGCUGAAGAAGAGCUGCCCUCACAUCGUGGUGGGUACACCAGGCCGAAUCCUCGCCCUCGUCCGCAACAAGACCCUCAGCCUCAAAAACGUCAAGCACUUUGUCCUGGAUGAGUGCGAUAAGAUGCUCGAGCAGCUCGAUAUGCGACGGGACGUGCAGGAUAUCUUCAGGCUGACCCCCCAUGAGAAGCAGUGCAUGAUGUUCAGUGCUACACUCAGCAAAGAGAUCCGGCCUGUCUGUCGCAAGUUCAUGCAAGACCCUAUGGAGGUGUUUGUAGAUGAUGAGACAAAGCUGACUCUGCACGGCCUGCAGCAGUAUUACUGCAAGCUGAAGGACAGCGAAAAAAAUCGCAAACUCUUUGACCUGCUCGAUGUCCUCGAGUUCAACCAGGUUGUGAUCUUUGUGAAGUCAGUAGCACGCUGCGUCGCUCUCUCUCAGCUGCUGGUGGAGCAGAACUUCCCCGCCAUCGCCAUUCACAGAGGCAUGGUUCAGGAGGAGAGAUUGUCACGGUAUCAGCAAUUCAAAGAUUUCCAGAGGAGGAUCCUGGUGGCGACUAACCUGUUCGGCAGGGGGAUGGAUAUUGAACGUGUCAACAUUGUCUUCAACUACGACAUGCCCGAAGACUCGGACACUUACCUACACAGGGUGGCUCGUGCCGGUCGAUUUGGGACCAAAGGUUUGGCGGUCACCUUUGUGUCCGACGAAACAGACGCCAAGAUCCUCAACGAUGUCCAGGACCGUUUUGAAGUGAAUGUGGCCGAACUACCAGAGGAAAUAGACAUCUCUUCAUACAUUGAACAGUCCAGAUGAAUUGUGUCCUGUAAUCCAAUAACGAUCGUGGUGCAUUUGGCAUCUUUGGAUGGUGGAAGAGAAGAUGCCUCCGUAUUUUAUUUUGAUAUCUGUUGACAGACCACCUUUUCAACUUCCCAUGGAUUCUGUUCUAAUGUGUGUCUUAAAAUGUGUUUAUUUUAUUGCAGUCUUGGGUGGGUACUUUUAUAAUUUCACAUGUUCAUUGGUUUGAGAAUUAAACCCCCUUUUUUUUUUUUUUUUUAAUACAGUGCCUUUUUGUCUUUUGUCCAUGUUGCAUCUUGGGUUACAUUUGAGCUCUUUCCGUGCUGUUAAUCCCUGCUUUAGUUUGUAGCAGAGUUCUCCCAACAGAGGUAACUGCAGAUGUCAAUUAUAAAUAAGCAGUGCAUAUGGAGCGAUUGCCCUUAUUAGAGUCAGUAACUAGGGAUGUGAAGAAAAUGAAAGGCAAAAAUCACUCUUUAUUCUCUUGUGCUGCAACCUUGGAGCCACUUCUAGUACUGGUUUAUUUACUGCAGUUACAAUCAGAGUUCGUGAGUAAUAGUGCAAUAAAAGAAACAUUUAGACUUUUAGCUGCCGAAGAUUGAAAACUGUUAACAUGAACAAUACCUAAUACAUAGUUAAUAGUAAAUGAAUACCUGUAAUUUUGUCCUAUAAUUAUUUGCGUCAGUCCUGCCGAUGUUAAACUUGAUGCAUCAGUGCUUAAGAUGUUGGACUUUUCACCAGAAGGUCGUGAGAUCAAAUCCCAGCACCGUCGAGCAUUCGUUGCUGGGCCCUCAACUACUCAAAUUUAAAUCGCUCUGGAUAAGGGCGUCUGCCAAAUGCCGUAAAUGUACAUCAGUGCAAAAUUGACAAAAUAUGUUAAUGAAGCAUGCAAGUAGCAAUGAGUGCUCCUGUGUUUCAUCAAUUAUUCCUGAUGUGUAUAUACACUUUGUUUCUGUGUAACUACACAUUGAUAGAGCCAUAUAAACACCCAAAAACAGAAUACGUUGUUUCCCAGCAAAACCGUUAAAUCUUUAAAAUCAAAUUGGACAUUAUACUACCGCAGUGCUGCAGAAUUCCCCAAUCUGGUUGGUCAGAAGAUGAUUAAUUUCUUAUAACAGCUUUGACAGUAGUUCCAGCUGUGAUGUUUAUAUUACAUGCACUCAAUCUGAUGUUAUCGUUUGUUCAGUAACAACUUCCACAGGCACUUGGCUGGUAGACGCUCCACAUAAUCUAAGACUAAUAAUAAACAUUUAAAAAUAAACUCAUAAUUGUUGGCAUUGGGACGAUUUAUGUAAGGAGACCUUUAUUUAACAUUUAUGGAAGGAGUCUCCAGUGUCAGUGAUUUGUAAUAGUGGCUAAUGUUUCCACCAAAGGAGGUUCUUCAGGGUCGAAUAGUUGCGCGUUCUGAUUUCUUAGUAACAUGACGAGUUGCAUUUUUUUCUGUAAGAGAGGGGGAAAAAAAGAGAGGAUCCUUAACUUAAGUGAUAACUUUGGGGUAACAGUAACUAUUUUUCAUGUCAGGCAGCAUCUAACUACCCUGUCACUGAUUAUUUUCUUAUAACAGCAUGCCCUGAUGCGUAUUAUUCCUUAAUUAAUGACCUUUUUGUCACUUUGUCCAACAAAGUGUCUAAAAUCUAACUUUCUAAUUCUCACUAAUCUACAAACAAUUAUCACCUUGGCUCAUUUGAAUUUUUUUUUUUUUUUUUUUUUUUUAACAAGCUCAGGUUUUGUUGUUGUUUUUUUUUGUCAUCAGGAUUUAC